ACGACAUAUCGUUCGCUUCUGCGGGUGCUGUAAAUGCGGAACAAAUACAUUCGUUUUUUCUCACCCGCCAUCACCGGCCGAGCACGGUUUCCAGCAUGCUAGCGCGUAAAAAGGUUCUUGGCGAUUAUCAAGUAGGAAAAACCAUUGGUCAGGGGGCGUUCUCAAAGGUCAAGCUUGGCUUUCACAAGGAAACUGGCCAGAAAGUUGCCAUCAAAAUCAUUGACAAGAAGCAGGCGGCGGCCAAAGCUGAGAAGGCUAAAAAGGCGCAAGAUGACAUUGAUCGGAAGCAAAAGGCGGAGGAGGCACGGCGCCCCACCAGUAGAGCAGAGAGGCCAAAGGAGCGACAACGGGUCCCGGACCCGAGAGGAGAACCUAUUGACGAAACGGGGUCUUCUCCGGAUACAGGUCGGGUAGGAGAGACGGAUGAUGGCAGUCUGGCCGAGGAGGCAAAAACCCCACCACCGUUUGUAUCACAGCUGCAGUUGGAAGUCCAGUUGCUGAUGCGACUUGACCAUCCCAAUGUCAUCCGGCUGUACCAAGUUAUGGAAACAGAGGAGGAAUGCUUUGUUGUCAUGGAAUAUGCUCAAGGAGGGGAACUGAUCGAAUACAUUGCCCCGCGGGGACACUUGUCGGAAAAAGAAGCACGACGGUACUUUCGCCAGAUUGUAUCGGCAAUGGAUCACUGCCAUAUGGCAAAUGUCGUUCACCGAGAUUUAAAACUGGAAAACCUACUUCUCAAUGGGGAACGCAACAUUCUGAUAUCUGAUUUUGGGCUCGGAAGGACUUUCCGAUCGGACUCUGAAGAAUUAAUGAAAACUUUCUGUGGGACUCCAAACUACGCAGCCGUGGAGCUUAUAUCUGGAAUUCCCUAUGUCGGUGUGAAAUCAGAUAUAUGGGCCAUGGGGGUUGUGCUGUAUGUGAUGAUGACAGGAAGGCCCCCAUUCAUAGGUGAAAACAUUUCCGCCCUCUACAGCAAAAUCAAAGCAGUGGACUACAAAUGCCCAGAUUAUUUUUCACAAGGGUUGCGAAACCUGUUGGCAAAGAUAUUGGUCAAGGAUCCGAAACGACGUAUUGACAUGGAUGGCAUACGGGAGGAUCCAUGGAUCAAUUACGAAGAGAUUGAGCGUCCCAUGCGUCUCCUGCCAAAAGUGAUGGGAAGCGCAGAUGCGUCCCAAAUCAGUCAGUUUAUAUCCGGCAUCACAUACGACCAGACCUUUGUGAUUUACACCUUCCGCCGUCAUACCCGAGAUGGAACCAGUGUGUACGGGGCAAAUGGACACGCCAACAUCACUCAAGCUCAAAAGCGGGAACUUAAACGAAGAAAGAGUUUGACUGUCCAGAUGGCACCAAAUGGCGGAUCGGGUACCAAGGUCUCUCCUACCUCCGCCAUCGCACAAUCCGCUGUUCCCGAAGAGGACAACGGGGAUAACUUGGCUGAACUUCCUGGAUACACUUCUCCUCCUGCUGCUCCUGCACGUAUGCGUACUCUUCCCGCACUUCGCAAUCGCCGAAUGUCGUUGGAUUCCGCACCUCCACCUGGCGCACCGCCACAAGGCGACAUGGCAAUGAGCAGAGAAGGACCGGAUGCAGCGUCGAACUUUACAGGGUUCCCUCGUCGCCAGCGGCGGAAUACGGCAACAGCGAUCCUGCAACCUGGAGAUGGUCAAGAAUCUGGCUCUCCAGAGCUAACUUCCAGCAGGGCGCGCUCAGUCUCUGCCACCCCUGAAGGUGGAUUCGCAGCCUCUCGAAACAAACGUCGGGGCUCAAUAGGCGUGCCCGGCAUACCUGAUCGGGAAAGCAACAUUAUGCGGCGCAUGUCGAUGGUGGGUCCCGCAGGGGAGACGGAGGGUAGUGAGCCACAGUCUACAUUUACCCCUCCCCGUCGAGCGUCCUUCCUAUCACCCGUUCAGUCUUCGCCGCAGAGUACUCUUCGCAGCCCCCGUACAUCAUCUGCGGACGAUCCUGACCCGAUGCUCUUCAACGAUCCCAUAUCUCCCGUCAAUUUUCCAGUCGAGUCAGAUGAUGAAGAGCAGGAUGUGACAACUGUGGAGCCAUCAAGAAAGGAAAUCGAAGACUGGCAUCUCCUUCAUCGACCACCCAAAACCAUUCGCACUGUUCGCUUUGCGUUUCACUCUGCGACAACAUCCACCCAAGCACCUUCUGCUAUCUUUCAAGAAGUCCAUCGUGUUCUACUGCUCAUUCGUAGACAUCACGACGAAAGACUGACGUUUACUCGCGUUGAAGACUUUUACAUGCUCAAUUGCAAAUUAACUGAACCGAAUCCGGAUGAUAACGUUGAGUUUGAGAUUGAGGUGUGCAAAGUGUGGCUACUGAAGAUGCACGGUGUUAGGAUCAAGAGGUUGUCGGGGAACCCAUUUAUAUUCAAGGAGAUCUAUUCCAAUUUUGUUGCUAUGCUCCAGCUGUAGUGUAAAGUCUAAUUCUGAUUUCCUAUAUAACCAUAUCUUGUUGUGCAACAGUGCAACA